CUGAGAGGAGCGAGGCUGCGGUGACGAGCGGCGGCUGCGCGGUCAUGGGCGCGCCGGUCUCGCCCUAGGACAGGCGCGCGGAGACCGCAGCGGAGCGGCAGCGAGCCUACGAGCGGCGGCGGGCGCAGCGGGGCCGGGAUGAGCGGGAGCGGCGCAGCGCCCGGCCCGGGCUCCUCCCCGGCUGCCUGCCGCUUCGCGCACUACUUCGUGCUGUGCGGCAUCGACGCGGACAGCGGGCUGGAGCCCGACGAGCUGGCGGUUUUGUACCAAUGGCUAGAAGCAGAUCGUCAUGGCAGGAGCCAAGAUGCUGCAAAUACGACCUCAGGUGAAAAUUUUGACCAGAGUCCUUUGAGAAGAACAUUCAAAUCCAAGGUUCUGGCCCACUAUCCUCAGAAUAUAGAGUGGAACCCUUUUGAUCAAGAUGCAGUGAAUAUGUUGUGCAUGCCGAAAGGGCUGUCUUUCAGAACACAGACUGACAACAGAGACCCUCAGUUCCAUUCAUUUAUAAUCACGCGGGAAGAUGGUUCUCGCACCUACGGUUUUGUUCUCACUUUUUAUGAAGAAGUUACAAGUAAGCAGAUCUGCACAGCUAUGCAGACGCUCUACCAGAUGCACAACGCCGAGCAUUACAGCAGCGUCUACGCCUCCUCCUCCUGCAGCAUGGACUCGCUGGCCAGCAGCAUUGAUGAGGGGGAUACAACUUCCCUUUUGAAACUCCAGCGAUACAACUCAUAUGACAUCAGCAGAGACACCCUGUAUGUUUCCAAAAGCAUAUGUUUGAUCACACCACUGCCUUUCAUGCAGGCCUGCAAGAAAUUCCUCCUCCAGCUUUACAGAGCAGUUACCUCGCAGCAGCCACCACCCUUGCCGCUGGAGAGCUACAUCCAUAAUAUUCUCUAUGAGGUACCCCUCCCACCGCCAGGGAGAUCGCUGAAAUUUUAUGGUGUUUAUGAACCCGUCAUAUGCCAGAGACCUGGGCCCAAUGAACUCCCCCUCUCCGAUUACCCUCUGCGAGAGGCCUUCGAGCUCCUGGGGUUGGAGAACCUGGUGCAGCUGUUCACCUGCGUUCUUCUAGAGAUGCAGAUCCUUCUCUACUCACAAGAUUACCAACGCCUGAUGACGGUGGCGGAAGGCAUCACCACACUCUUGUUCCCAUUUCAGUGGCAGCAUGUGUAUGUGCCCAUCCUCCCUGCUUCUCUGCUACAUUUUCUUGAUGCUCCUGUCCCUUAUCUGAUGGGUCUUCAGUCAAAAGAAGGAACUGACCGUUCUAAACUAGAACUUCCUCAAGAGGCUAACUUGUGUUUUGUGGAUAUUGACAACCAUUUUAUCGAGUUGCCUGAAGAAUUUCCACAGUUCCCCAAUAAAGUGGAUUUUAUCCAGGAACUCUCUGAGGUUCUUCUUCAGUUUGGGAUCCCUCCUGAGGGCAGCCUGCCCUGCAGUGAGAGUGCCACCAGAUUGAAGAAUCUGGUUCUGAAAGACUUGGUCAAUGACAAAAAGAAUGGCAACAUCUCCACGAAUAGCAUCAGCAUGUAUGAGUUCCUGAAGGGCAACGAAACCAUAGCCCGGCUCCAGGCUCUGGCCACGCGGACCGGUGUGACCGUGGAAAAAAUGGACCUCUCUGCCUCUCUGGGUGAAAAAGAAAAGGAUUCGAAGCUGCAGUGUGAAGAGGCAGAGCUAAGGGACUACCAGCUCAACGUACAGCUCCGAGAGGUGUUUGCUAACCGCUUUACCCAGAUGUUUGCCGACUACGAGUCGUUUGUGAUUCAGAGUGCCCAGGACAUGGAAUCCUGGCUCACCAACCGGGAGCAGAUGCAGAACUUUGACAAAGCUUCCUUUCUGUGUGACCAGCCUGAGCCACACCUGCCAUUUCUUUCACGCUUCAUUGAAACACAGAUGUUUGCCACCUUUAUUGAUAACAAAAUUAUGUCUCAGUGGGAGGAGAAAGAUCCUUUGCUUAGGGUCUUUGACUCUCGGAUUGAGAAGAUAGGACUGUAUAAUGUAAGGGCACCCACCUUGAGGACAUCCAUAUAUCAGAAAUGCAGCACUUUAAAAGAAGCAGCCCAGUCAGUUGAGCAGCGGCUGAUGAAAAUGGAUCACACUGCAAUCCAUCCACAUCUACUUGAUAUGAAAAUUGGUCAAGGCAAAUAUGAGCAAGGGUUCUUUCCAAAGUUACAGUCCGAUGUCUUGGCAACAGGGCCAACUAAUAACAAUCGCUGGGUAAGUCGGAGCGCCACCACGCAGCGCAGGAAAGACCGCCUCCGCCAGCAUUCCGAGCACAUGGGCCUGGACAACGACUUGAAGGAGAAAUAUAUGCAAGAGGCACGAAGUUUAGGGAAAAACCUGAGGCAACCCAAAUUGUCAGACCUCUCUCCUGCCGUGAUUGCACAGACCAACUGGAAAUUUGUGGAAGGCUUAUUAAAGGAAUGUAGAAUGAAGACCAAACGCAUGCUGGUGGAGAAGAUGGGCCACGAAGCAGUGGAGCUGGGCCACGGAGAAGCGAACAUCACCGGCUUGGAGGAGAACACCUUGAUCGCCAGCCUCUGUGACCUUCUGGAGAGGAUAUGGAGCCACGGCUUGCUGGUCAAGCAGGGGAAGUCGGCUUUGUGGUCGCAUUUAAUUCAGUUUCAGGACAGAGAAGAGAAACAAGAGCACCUUGCAGAAUCACCAGUUGCCCUGGGACCAGAAAGAAGAAAAUCUGACUCAGGAGUUAUGUUGCCAACUCUCAGGGUCUCCCUUAUCCAAGACAUGAGGCACAUUCAGAACAUGAGUGAGAUCAAGACUGACGUCGGACGAGCUCGGGCGUGGAUAAGGCUGUCUCUAGAGAAGAAGCUCCUGUCCCAGCAUCUCAAGCAGUUGCUGUCUAACCAGCCACUCACCAGGAAGCUCUAUAAGCGCUAUGCCUUUCUGUGUUGCGAAGAAGAAAGAGAACAGUUUCUCUACCAUCUCCUCUCCCUCAACGCUGUGGACUACUUCUGUUUCACCAGUGUCUUCACCACCAUCAUGAUUCCGUAUAGGUCGGUGAUCAUCCCCAUCAAGAAGCUGAGCAACGCGAUCAUCACCUCGAACCCCUGGAUCUGUGUGUCGGGAGAGCUGGGAGACACGGGAGUGAUGCAGAUCCCCAAAAACCUCCUCGAAAUGACCUUUGAGUGCCAGAACCUGGGGAAGCUGACCACUGUGCAGAUUGGUCACGACAACUCGGGACUGUUAGCCAAGUGGCUAGUGGAUUGUGUCAUGGUCAGAAAUGAAAUCACGGGACACACAUACCGGUUCCCGUGCGGGCGGUGGCUGGGGAAAGGCGUUGACGACGGGAGCCUGGAGCGGAUCCUCAUUGGAGAGCUGAUGGCGCCCGUGGCGGAUGAGGACCUGGCGAAGCAGUGCCGGACGCCCCCCCAGCAGAAGUCGCCCACCACGGCCAGGAGGCUGAGCAUCACUUCCCUGACGGGAAAAGCCACCAAGCCCAAUGCCGGCCAGAUCCAGGAAGGAAUUGGAGAGGCUGUGAACAACAUUGUGAAGCAUUUCCACAAACCUGAAAAAGAGAGAGGAAGCCUCACGGUGCUGCUGUGCGGAGAGAGCGGCCUGGUGGCAGCGCUGGAACAGGUUUUCCACCACGGCUUCAAGUCUGCCCGCAUCUUUCACAAGAACGUCUUCAUCUGGGACUUCAUAGAGAAAGCGGUCGCUUAUUUUGAAACCACUGACCAGAUUCUAGACAACGAAGAUGAUGUCCUUAUUCAGAAACCCUCCUGCAAAACCUUCUGCCAUUACGUCAAUGCUAUUAACACUGCACCCAGGAGCAUCGGGAAGGACGGCAAGUUCCAGAUUCUAGUUUGCCUUGGAACACGGGAUCGCCUGCUCCCACAGUGGAUCCCGCUGUUAGCCGAGUGUCCUGCCAUCACCCGAAUGUACGAAGAGAGCGCCCUCCUGCGGGACCGCAUGACCGUCAACUCCCUCAUCCGCAUUCUGCAGACCAUUCAGGACUUCACCAUCGUCUUGGAGGGAUCCCUCAUCAAAGGCGUGGACGUGUAACCCCUGGUAGAAACUCUCAGUCCAGACCCCUGGCUCCCUCACCUCCCCCGUCUACGGGACCGAUUUGGACUUGUCUGGCGCGGUCGUGAGUCACUGCAGGGGCCGUGCACCGAAUGCCCCGACUUGAACAAUCCUCACGCUGCAGACAAGGCAAAAUGCUGUAUUGUAGUUCAUUUGAACCAGGAAUUUAGUAUAAAAUAGAGUAUUUUCAUGUGUUAGACGUGUGUAAAUAUGCUAUCUUCUUUAAGAAAUUAUAUUACUCUAAUAAGAUACUUUUCCUAGAUUGAAUAUUCCUGUGAUUUAAAAUAAGUAGCUUAAAAACAUUGGGAGCUGCGGGGAAGAGCGGUGCUAGUCAGGAAGAAGCCAGUACGUGUGUACGUACAGUGCAGCCAGUCGGCUUCCUUGCCUCCAGGUAUCACAGCGGAGCCCAGAGGCAUUGCAGGGUGUGGCCAUCCAUCCUGGGGUCUGACUCUUUGUAUAAUGAAUGUAAACAGCUCUGCCUACUGUAUGGGUCGUCCCAACACACACACACACACACACACACACCACUACACACACACACACACACGCCACCACACACACACACACACCACUACACACACACACACACACACACACACACACACACACGGGAUCCAGCCCCCUGCCUGGGAGUCAAACCGGCAACCUUCUGGUUCAUGGGUCGAUGCUCAACCACUGAGCAACACCAGCCAGGCUGCACUUGUAUCUUUUAAGUUGCAAAUGGUUUCAUACAUAUGAAUUGAGUCACUUUCCCAUUCUUUUGGGCAGUUUUUUUCCCCCCUUAGGCAAAAGAUGAAGAUAUAAUUCAAAUACUUUAAAUACUGAACCCUAGGAGCUUGGCUUAACUGGGUAGUCAGCACACAAAGCCCCAAGAAGUGUGUUAAAUGGUGGGAUUAUGACUUCUUUGCUCUGUGGAAAGAUUAGCCUAGACUGACUUCAUUCCUAGCAUUUUUAUUCAUGUUAUUGGAGGUACUUUGGGCAGAUGUCACAGUCAUAACAACUGCGAGCAGGCGUUUGAUCUGUGCUUUUUAUUGGGCCCUCGGAGCCGGCAGUGGGCCCUCACCUCGGAGGGAGGGACCCCGUCGGCCCGUCUUUGUUUGGCUCGCGUCGCCCCCUCCCCUCCCGGGUGCCCAGCCCCCUCUCAGGAAAUGGAAGGAAUGUCUGAGAAGGAGGAGGGCUCCGUGUGGCUUGGAAUGUUUUUGUGAAAGUAUUUGUUGACCAAGAUAAUGCAAAUAACAGGAGAGAGAAAGAAUGGUCCCUUUCUGGGUGUUUCAGGGCAGUUUUCUGUUCCUUUGUAAGAGGGUAGGUAACAUGAAACAACUGGCCCAGAGAAGGUAGAAAGCCGGCGCAGCAGAGGGGCAAAACGCUCACAGCACCCGAGGCAGCCGAGUAGAAAGACCGAACGUUGGCGUCACUUUCCAGUUGGGGAUUCCAUCAGGCAGUCCAGUAAGCGUGGCGUGCGCUCGGCCCCUUCGGUCUCCCUCAGGGCAGGUCCUGUUGCUGUAUGGAGCGCCUGCACGUUGCUGGCGGUGAACGUGCCCGGCAGAGCUGGGGGCUGUAUUCCCAGCUGUGGCCGAAACGCGAAGCCGUGGCCCGCGGGACCCUGUGAUCCGAGGGUCCCGGGCUGGAGCCUACAGUUGUCUCCCUCACUUCCUGGAGGAAGGAACCAAUGAAACAAGUGCCUCCCUCCCUUUAUAAACACCGUGUGCGGCCGGGCAGCGAGGCCCACCCCCUGUGAUAUGUGGCUCAGGUCUCCGGAGGAAAGGGGGGUUGAAGCAUCUAGAAACUCAUGGAAAGGGGUUAAGAAGAUGGUUCUGUGUGACUUGGGGCCCAGAGAUUCGCUUGCCUGAGGCUAACGGGUCUGGUGGCGUGGCUGUUCAGGGACAAGGAAAUUCUUCAAUGGGAGACAUCCUCAACCUGCUGUCACCAGGCUCAGACUGCGUUUUGGGGAUCAGAAGCCAUACGCUGACGGGGGGGGGGGGGGGGGGGGCCUGUUCCCCCGCCCUUUCCCAUGAGGCCAUGCUUCUCACGCACUCGGGGCAACCAGGGAGGCGUCAUAGCUGAUUGAGUCAUCUAGUACAGCCGUCUCAUUUUAUAGAUGGGAACACUUAGGGAUUAAAGAGAUUACAUACUCCCGCAGCUGGUCAGCAAGGACACAGGGUCCAGGAUUCACGAUUUUUAAUUACACCAGGCUGCAUGAGACUGACCUCGGGGCGUUCAUCUGAGUAGUCUCUCCACCCUUGGACCUUUAUGCACUCACACAGACAGGAACUAGGAUUCAUAUUCAUGUCUGAUACUCAUUUAUAGGGAUUAAUAUUCAUUUUAAAUUGUUCACAAGUUGUUGUGAAAAUGGGAAGAACAUUGGAUUUGGGGUCUGUGAAUAAAACCAUUACUUCAAAAGGGGACGCCCCAAAGGAGUUCUACCUGAAGUUCUGUCCUGCUCUGUGAAGUAGGACUAGAGCAGUGCAAUGCCGCAUGUCCAAAGAGAGGGACAAGCCCCUACAAUACUAAGCCCUUGAAAGUGGUCAUCUUGGGAGCCCAUCCGUCUGAAUUCAGGGAGACAGCCAGCUCUCCAGACACGGGGGCCCCUGGAGAGCUGCUUGAAAGGCCUGCAGCCCAUAGGAUCCAAGUUGAUGAAUAAAAAGGAUGCGAGCAGAGUUUGUCACAUAAGAAACACACCUCUAGCCCAGUCGGCGUGGCUUAGGUUGAGUGUAGACCUAUGAACCAUGAGAUCAUGGUUCGAUUCCGGGCAGGGCACAUGCCCAGGUUUUGGUCUUGAUCCCCAGUGUGGGGCAUGCAGGAGGCAGCCAAUGAAUGAUUCAUCAUUGAUGUUUCUCUCUCGCUCGCUCUCCCUCUCUCUCUCCCUUUCUCUUUGAAAUCAAUUUUGAAAACUAAAGAAAAAGAAACAAAACUCUAAAGAAAUACAAUUUAGUUCUUAUGUGGCUUAUAAUUGUCUUUGAGCCAAUACCAAGUUACUUUGAGCAGGACAAUGGCAGAAUCUUGAGAAUAAUGUGCAUAGCCUCACAAGCUGACUUGCAAGGACCAUAUCCAUUUAAAGCUAUCCUUUCUGUUUAUUUUUAAAAUCAGUAUAUUGCUUUAUAAUCACACCUCAAAGUUAAAGUAAAUAAAAAUCAAUUUUGUAAUUGACUUUUCCCCUUCAAAAUAAGUUAUAAUUAAUGUCUGGAACCAUAAUUAGUAUUUUUGCAUAGUAGCUUAGAAAGAUAUUGUUUUAAAAUCAAAUUGCCAAAAAUAUCACCUCUUAAAACAUUUUUUUUUCAAGUGUCCUGCAACUCCUAACUUCAACCUUUGUGACCCAGUAGCAUUACACCAGUGUGAGGCCCUACAGCUGUGCCCGCUCCAGACUCAGUAGCACCUUAAAAGUGACUGAGGUGCAGUGUCCAUGAGUUAAAGUGGGGUCUAGGUGGUGGAAAACAGGCCACCAAGAAGAAAAGUAGGGUCUCCCAGCCCUCCCCCUCCUCUUUCCACUGAGGGCAAGGCUUGGAUCUAAGAAACCUAAAACUUGUAGAGGUUUGUGAUUUCCCUCUAAAAUUUACUUUCCAUGUUUCAGAAAUUUUUGUAACCCUGUGGUGUUUACUUUCACAUGGCUUUUUCAAAAAUCACUUUAAUGAACUCUGUCACCCUCUAUGAAUGACAUAAGGGAAAUACUGAAUUGCUUCUAUUUCCUUUUUUGGCAAUAAAUCCCUGUUGUAUAUAGAUGUAAGUGAAAGGGGUAGAGACUAUGCAUAACAGUUGGUGUGUAGUGUAUGUUGACACCUCUAAGCUAUUUCGAAACAUGAGGCCAUAGACGAGGACCUCAGAUCCCCAGGGAAAUAUUUAUUUGACGGCACUGCGAGUGUUGCUCUUAGUAACAGAAUCUCCUUCGGCCGAGCAUUGUGGCUUUUCAGAAGGUUUUUAUUUUGGGAACUGUGAGUAUUUUCUCUGUGAGGUUUACAGAAACCAGUCGCUCCUUUUCACCAUGCUGGAAGGACAGUCUGAACCUUCGCUGUUUAGAUUUCAGUAUUAGCACCUUCGGGGAUGAGAAUGGAGUCUUCAGCUCCUCUCUGCUUUCUAUAAAGUGAAUCCUGUUUCCAGGUCAUCUGCGUCUUUCGAAAUCCUCAUUUCUUAUGUAAGUAUUUAUUACAUUUCCAUUUAGCUUAAAAGAAGACAGAAACAAAUAACAAGCUAUUCGGCCCCUUAUUCCUAUAUAUAAGUUUCUUGAAUCAAACUGAUUUCCAAGCUUUUUGAAGAGGGUGUUGGACUGUGAUGGGAGGAAUCCAAGGAGAACCUCAUCCCUUCAAAUCUUACUAGAACGGACUGUCCUCUCAAGGGCAAAAUAGAGACUGGCUCCAGAAAAAUACCACAUUGAGCAGCUAAUACCAGAGUGAAAUAUCAUCAAAAGAUUUCCCCUCUUUUGGGGAAGAAGAAAAAAAUCCCCUCAUUUGAAGGAAUCCAGGGUAUCCUUGGGUUAUAUGGGAGGGAAUAAUGCUUGAUUCAGUUACCUGAAUGUAUUAUGUAUGGCUCCAGUCUUUAUUCCAAACACCACAUCUUGACAGAGAGGCAUGGUAAGGAGUUCCUGUUGUCAAUCAACGGAAGGUGUUUAACACAUGGAAAAAAUCCUCUAUGUUACACUGGAACCUUGUAUAAAUGUACCUGUGUAUGUUUUUUAACAAAUGAGCCUUUCUGCAUUUAAGUUAUAUUGUUUUUCCUUGUAUUGUUAACAAAAUGCAUCAGAACUGGACUCCCCCCUCCCCACCUGAACAUAAUAUAAAAUUUGACCAGUAUUGUGAUAUCAAGCACUUUAGCAUACAUAUCAGAGAAACUGACGUGGGUUUUUCAGGUUUUGGAGUACAUUUAAAUAUGACUUUUCAUGCUUUGUUCUUUACAAAUAAAACUGUGGGAUUGAUA